AGCGUAAUGACGCACAGAGUUCAUUUCCCAAAGAGGAGUCGGAGCGUCAGACGUGCCUUCCAUAUUCCCUCAGCCAGACGUUUCCUAUGGCGGCAAUGUUGGCCAACAUUUUCUCAAAGACAAAAUGAGCAAGACAUUUGUGGACCAUGGUUUCCCUCCCCUCUCCUCUUUCCGUCUCAUCGUCCCCCCUCUGCAGCUUGUGUCUGCAGCUCUGUUUGAGAUAGUGAAGCAGGGAGCUGUGAUGUACUACGGUGUGCUGGAGGAGUUCAUUACCACAGUCCUGGAAACAGCUCCUGAGCUCCUCACUGACACAGAGAGACUCCAACUAGUGAUUGGCCUGCGCGCAAAGGUGGUGCUAGAGUUGUGCCGCAAUGAAACAGAAGCUGAUUGGCAGGACUUUCAGCAUCAUUUGAGUCAAAUGAACACCUACAUUACAAACCAGGAUAAAGAGACUUCAAAUUCUGAGGUGAAAGCUUCAGUUACAAACUUCAUGAAGCUUGUUCACACUUUGGUGGAAGAUCAGUGUCAGAGGAAUAUCUUUUUUCAGAUCAUCUUUCCAACAGCAUUUGGCCCUAAAUAUGACUCAGCACUACAGGCUCUAAUGAAGAAAUUCCUCUUCAACCUACAGGAUUUGUUGCCUGUUCCUAGCCUUGAACAAACUUCCUUGUGGCUCAGUCUCUCUCCUGCUAUCUUGAAAGAGUGUGUGGACUUCAUGAACCAGCCUCAGCCACUGAAAACACUUAUUCAGCAUAACAAACACCAUGGGCACAAAGUUCCACAAGCUUUUUCUUCCUCUGGUGAUGACUGCAUCCUCUCCAGUCUGUCCUGUCACCUGCCAAAAGUGGAUGACAAAUGCUAUGCACAAGUCAAAUCUGAACCUAUAUGUGACUCACAAGAGUGGCAGAUGGAUAAUGUUCUUGACAGUGGGUCACAAAAAGGUAAAGAAGAAGACUUCAAGGUGGUCUAUUCAGAUUUUGAGAGUAAUGAGGAAGAACAUGGACAGUGUGUUGGUGAUGUCACUGAAGACCAGGGAGCCUCUGUGGAAGUAAUACUUCCAUCUUUUGAUGAAACUGAAUCUAGUGAUGAUGACCACAUGGACAAAAAAUGGUUUCACCAUUUGAAAACUGGUCGUAGGACAUCUGCAAAGACCUUAAAGAGUGAAGGUGAUGAAGAUUUUAGUUGUCGAAGCAAACAAAAGGAGCACAAGAUGACAAUGAGUCAGUUAGGUUCCACAAGUCAAAGUUGCCCUGACCCCUCAAGUCUGCAUUCUACAAACUCUGAGCUGUCUAACGAUGACUGCAGCCUUAUUUGUCAUGUUUGUGACAAAGUUUUUGCUUGCCAAAAAAACUUUGAGAAACACCAGCAGAUUUGUGCAGACGCAAGUAAACGUCAAGAAGACCAAGACCCACAGUGCUCCUCAAGUUUAGCUCAUCACCGCAAACCAAAUAUUGUUGAUAAAACCAGCAAGUCUUCCCCUUGUGAAACAUCACAUGCAGUAACCCAGGAAUCAAAAACAUUCCACAUACCACAAGACCAAACAUGUAAAAGAAGUGAUCGUGUCAAACAAUGCUCCAUAUGUAGUGAAAUAUUCUCUUGUUCUACUGAUUUCAUGGAGCACAUGAAAUGCCACACUGAGAAGAACCCUUUUCUCUGUCCUGACUGUGGAAUUGACUUUGAAAGCUAUGAAGGCUGUGAGAAACACCGGAAAGGUGGAUGCAGAGCUUCAAGCCAGCAUGUAAAGGGCUAUUUGUUAAACAAUGAUAAUAAAGGGAAUCAGGAGAGCACUUUAGUUCCCAGUGAAACAAGUCAAACCUCAACAACCAGAGAUGCACCAAAAGACUCAAAGACUCGUAAACCACUGCUGACAUGUCAGAAGUGUGGCAUGCGUUUUACUUACUGCAAGAGCUUUGAGAAGCACCAGAUGAAAUGUUCUGAGGAAACUUCUCCAAGAAAAACCAAGAAAAACAAUUUGAUUAUCAGUGGGUGUGAUUCCUUUUCAGCUGAUAAAAUAAGUGAAAGACAUGCUGAGAAAAAUUGUACAACAAUAGAAGAAACCCCAUCCACUGUAGUCUUUAAAAGCUAUGAAAUCUGUGAGAUGCAGGAGGAUGGUAAAUACAGAGCUUCAAACCAGCAUGAACUGGGUUAUUCAUGGAGCAAUGAAAAUAAAAGGAAUCAGGAGAACACAUUGGUUUCCAGUGAAAUAUGUCAAACCUCAACAACUGCAGAUGCACCAGCAGACUCAAAGGGACCCAAACCACCUCUGACAUGUCAAGAAUGUGGCAUGUGUUUUAUUUGCUACAUGAGCUUUGAGAAGCACCGAAAAAAAUGUGCAAAAGCAACUUUUCAAAGAAAAACCAACAAAAACUAUGUUACUAUCAAUGGAUGUGAUUUUCUCUUGGCUGAUGGUUCUAAUAAGAGCCAUGUAGAGAACAGUUUAGAGACAGUGGAAGCAAUCCCAUCCACUGAAGACUUUAAAAGUGAUGAUGAAAGUGAGAUGCACAAAGAAGAUUCAUGCAGAGCUUCAAACCAAUAUUUAGAGGACAAUUCCAUGAGCAAUGACAAUAAAAGGAAUCAGGAGAACACAUUGGUUUUCAGUGAAACAAGUCAGACCUCAACAACUGGAGAAGCACAACACUCAAAGGCACUGAAACUACCUCUGACGUGUCAGAAGUGUGGCCUGAGUUUUACUUACUGCAAGAGCUUCGAGAAGCACCAGAAAAAAUGUUCAAAUGCAGCUUCUCAAAGGAAAACCAAGAAAAACUAUUUCAUCAUCAGUGGGUGUGAUUUCUUUUUAGCUGAUGACAUAAAUGAGAGCCAUGAUGAGAAAAGUUCUGAGACAGUGGAAAUAAACCCAUCCCCCGCUGAUGAUGUAGGAGGCUCACAGCAUAAAUCCCGACUCUUUAAAUGCAGCAUGUGUGAAAAGGACUUUUCAAAAAUUGAGCUCCUGAAAAGACAUUACUCAGAGUCACAUGAUGUCAGAGGCCCAUACCCCUGCACUAUGUGCAAGAGGGCUUUUUUGACUUUGUAUGAAUUGGUUCGUCAUCAGCAAAACAAACUGUUGUUCCUAUGCCCUACCUGCAAGAAAGGUUUUUCAAAUAUAGGAGAAUUAAAAAGACAUGAAAGAAUACAUACUGCAAGUGCAAGUAUAACACCAUGCACUUGUGAAACCUGUGGAAGAAGCUUCAAAUUCCGCGUUAACCUGAUUCGGCACCAGAGAAGGCAUAGAGAAAGGCCACCCAGUGUUUGUUCAUACUGUGGGAAACAGUUCAGUUCAAAGGAUGGCUUGAAAGCACACAUGGUGAGGCACACAGAGGGUUACCCAUGCCCGGUGUGUGGAAAGAAGUUCUAUCAGAAAGCAUACCUUACAUAUCAUCUGAAUAGACACACAGGGCAGGAGAAAUACCUCUGUGACAUAUGCGGGAAAGGCUGGCCGACUGUGUCUCUGCUCAAAGUUCACAUGGUUAAACAUACAGAGGGGCAGCCAUUUCAAUGUGAUGACUGUGGUCUGACUUAUAAGAGGAAGUCUGGUUUGCUUGCUCACCACAGGGACAAACAUCUUGGUCUGCGGCCAUUUGUGUGCGAGAUUUGCAGCAAGGCCUUCAGAAUCAACAGCCAGCUGAAGAAACACAUGACGGUCCACACAGGGGAACGGCCUUUCUCAUGUCCAAUUUGUGGCAAAAAAUUCACAAAAAGCUUUAACCUCAAGAAGCACAGGGAAAAGCCAUGUAAGUAGCGGCGUGUUUAUGAGCAUGUACUGUGUUAAAGCUGAUCAUGAUUCACGAUUGACUGAUUUUUAAAUAAAGACAAAAUAGAAAUCUGA